CUGUGUUCAUGUGUGCGCUAGGGUUUUCAGGACUGAUAAAACUAAAUUAACAUUUGCAUUAUUGUAUACACGCCUAGCUUACGCUACAAAGGUGGAGAGGACGAGCAGUGUUUUCGUAGAAGGAAAUCUUUUGUUUUAGUAACGUCCAUAGAAGAACAAUUACGGAGUCUGCUUGAGAAAAAGGAUAUUUGGAAAGACAUUGUGAAAAAUUUGAGCAGCAAUAGGUGUGACAUUCGAAAUGGCAAUUGCUACAAGGAGAUUAUGAACUUGUCCUCUACAAAAAACAACGUUAUUUCGCUACUGUUCAACUGCGACGGAGUACAGCUGUACAAGUCAUCGGCUACAAAAAUCUGGCCCUUAUAUGCUGUUGUGAACGAGCUUUCGCCAAACCUGAGGUUCUUGAAAAGAAAUACGAUCUUGUGUGGACUGUGGCAAGGCCAAGGCAAGGUCCCACUAACAUCUAUGUUGACGCUAUUCAUACGCAAUAUGAAUGAUCUUUCGCAAACAGGUUUGAGAUUUGUGCCAUAUGGUCUCGAAGAAGAUGUGACUUGCAGCGCCAAGGCAAUAGUGUGUACGGCAGACUUGCCAGCCAAAGCUGACAUGCUUUGCAUGAAUCAUCACAAUGGCAAGUUCAGCUGCCUUGUAUGUGAAGAGCCGGAUCGUCAGGUUGCUAGAGGACGAGGCCACGUACACGCCAUCCCUUUUAAUAGAGCUCUUCAGAAGAGAACUAAUGAAAGUUUUGUACGCAACGCCCACCAAGCAGUUACUUCUAGUCAAACAGUUAAAGGAAUAAAGUCGGCUUGUCCACUUCUUUUAUUAAACGAUUUUUACCCAGUCACUGCCGCAGUCAUUGACUACUUGCAUUGCGUGCUACUGGGAGUGACAAAAAGUUUACUCCACCGUUGGACAGAUGUUUCAAGCAGAGGCUGUCCAUAUUUCAUCAGAGAUGAUAUCAAUACUGUAGAUGAAAGGUUAAGAAACAUCCACCCUCCAGAUUUCGUGCGACGUUUCUCACGAGAAAUUGGUAAAUGGCUACCUAAUUGGAAGGCAUCAGAAUACCGAUCUUGGCUGCUGUACUACGGCAUUCCAUGUUUGCAAGGCAUAUUGCCAACCAUGUAUUUGCGAAAUUUUUGCCCUUUUGGCUGAAGGCAUGCAUUUACUUCUUGCUGCUAAGAUCAGCGAA